UAAAUUUCCUUUUCCGUGUUGACAGCGUGAAGAACGUUAGGGCCCAGUUAUGAAGCUCAACGUAUCCUACCCAGCCACCGGCUGUCAAAAGAUCUUCGAAAUUGAUGAUGAACGUAAACUUAGACCAUUUUACGAAAAGAGAAUGGGAACAGAAGUUGAUGGUGGAUGUUUAGGUGAUGAAUGGAAGGGUUACAUCGUCCGUAUCUCUGGUGGAAAUGACAAGCAAGGUUUCCCCAUGAAACAAGGAGUUCUAACCAACGGACGUGUAAGACUUUUGCUUAGUAAGGGUCAUUCCUGCUAUAGAAUCCGCAGAAGUGGAGAACGUAGAAGAAAGUCUGUCAGAGGCUGUAUCGUUGACAGCAAUCUCUCCGUUUUGGGCUUGGUCAUUAUCAAGAAGGGUGAAUCGGAUAUUCCUGGUCUUACUGAUAAAACUAUCCCACGUAGAUUGGGACCUAAGAGAGCAUCUAAGAUCAGAAAAUUGUUCAAUUUGAGCAAGGAAGAUGAUGUCCGUCAAUAUGUCGUUAGACGUCCCUUGCCUGAAAAAGAAGGUAAAAAGGCAAAGACAAAGGCCCCUAAGAUCCAACGUUUGGUAACCCCAGUAACCCUUCAACGUAAACGCCGUCGUUUGGCCCAGAAGAGAAGACGUUUUGUUAAAGCUCGUGACGAACAAGCUGAAUAUGCUAAACUCCUGGCUCAAAGAGUUAAGGAAGCCAAGGAAAGAAAAAUUGAGAGAAGACGAUCGGCUUCCCAAUCGAAAAGCCGAGGAGAUUCGUUGAGAGAAUCGACAAGCAAGAAGUAA